UGUGGUAUUUGUGAGUUAUUUCACAAUAACUACCCCCUAUGAGGUAUUGACAAUAACUCAUUAAUGAGUUAUUUCAAAUUAACCCAAGUACAAAUAACUCAUCACCAAUUUUUGUAGACAAACGGGUUAUUUGCACCCAAAGUCUGGUCAAUUCUUUUGGGGUCGUUUGGAUGAGUUAUUCGUAUGAGUUGUUUGCACCCAAAUAACUCAUAUGAGUUAUUUACUUUCUUCAUGUUUAACAUCCUGGUCAAUUCUUUUAGGGUUCGUUUGGAUGAGUUAUUCGUAUGAGUUAUUUGUACCCAAAUAACAUAUGUGUUAUUUGUACCAUGUUAUUUGGGUACAAAUAACUCAUACGAAUAACUCAUCCAAACGACCCAAAUUGGGUUCGUUUGGAUGGGUUAAUUGUCAAUGUGGUAUUUGUAGAGUCAAAGAACUCAUUUAUUGUUCAUGUGGUAUUUCGAUGUUAUUUCAGUGGUAAUUGAAAUAAAGUAUCUCGUUUGGUUGAACCAUGCAAAUGUGGUAUUUGACAUGUGGUAUUUGGUAAAAGCAGAGUGAUAAAACGAGUUAUUUCGAAAUAACACAUGGGUAUAAGUUAUUUCAAAUAACUCGUUUUGAGUUAUUUGUAAAUAACUCAAUGUCCAAAUAACUCAUUUCAGUAAAACGCUAUCAAACGAGUUAUUUGCGUCCAAAUAGCUCAUUGUGAGUUAUUUGAACCCAAAUAACUCAUACAAAUACUCCAUCCAAACGACAAGAAUUUACCAGAAUGUUAAACAUGAAGAAAGUUCACACACCAGACAAUAGUUCAAUAUACUUAAUUCUAAUAGGGUUAAUAGCAUAUUAUGCCCCUCUACUAUUGUAAGUUAACAAUCAUACCCUUCUAUUAUUUUUUUGCACUUUCGUGCCCCUUUAUUAUUGUAACGUAACAAACAUACCUGAUAUGAUCCCAAUUGGAUCAAUCUACAAGUCACAAUUACUUGCCAAAGAAGCCAUAUCACCUCCCAUGAAAAAUUCUGAUUUUUGGUCAAGUGUUGAAACAGUUUCAGGUAGCCUACUUUGGAAGCUUGUAUCUCACAAAUGGCUCAAUGGAAAUUGGAGAUCAAGAGUUCUUUUUGCAUAUAAAGUUGCCAUGUUUCCAAUGGUAUGCUUGUUGGAUCCAUAUGAUGUCAUUAUGGUUGUUUUCCAAGGUCUCAAAGUUGCUACCUCAAAACUGGAAAACUGCCAGAAAAUGGCUAAGCCAGAAAACUGUUUUGUGAAGCCUACUUUGGAGCUCGAUUCAAGGAGAAUGGAUGGUAUUCAAGUCAAAAGGCUUCCACAAAAUGAAACUAGGUACGUUUGUGAACAAAGGGAAGGAAUUGGAUGAAGAAUGGGAGUUCGGGAAGGCCUCGAACGAAAGGCGCGAAGUUAGUAUGAAGUCACAAAAUUCUGCCUUUGUAAAAACAGAAUUGUUUUCCUUAUUCGGUUAGGAUUAGGUCCUUUUUGCUACUUUUUAGUUCUUAUUCGUAUUAGAUUGUAAUUAUGAGUUGCUUGUACGAAGGCCUAUUUAAACUCGUCUUUUGCAUUGUAAUCGUCAGACUUUGAUUAAUCGAAAAACAAACCUUUGGUUUUGUGCAAGUUGCGACUUGUUUGAGUUUGGUGGAUUCCAAACUUGUGAGCUUUGUAUCGAUUGAAUAUUCUCUUCAAUCGUGGUCGAACAGCUACCCUUUUAUACCAUACGAGCUUUCCCCAGGUGUGAAAUUGUCCGUUGGUUCCGUUUUAUCCCAAGUUCGUAUUAAGAGCGCUUCGUUCUUGAUUCGAGCUCAAUCGAUUCCUCGAUUGAGUUGUUUGCUGCGUUACUUUGAUAACAUACACCCCCCAGGGGCGUACUAAUACCCUUCUGUCAAUAUUUCCGUCAGUUGACCGUUAAAUGACAUACAAAAUGAUUAUAUUGCCCCUCUUUUUAACUUAUAAAAUAAAUAUUUUAAACAUAAAUAAACUAAUAAUUGAAUUUCUUUAUUUUUAGGAAUCCCAUCCUUUCAAUAUCUAUCGUCUCCAACUCUUCGUAUACCUUCACCAAUGUCCAUUUUUAUCUAUCGUCUCCAACUCUUCGUACCCCCCCCCCCCCCCCCACUCCUUCGCCAUCACCGACCAUCGUAGUUCACCAUUCUGGCAGCAACAACCUUUACCUCUAUUGAUCUAUUGCUCCUCUGCUCCGCCCAAUUCUUCUCCUAAACUAAGACCUAAGUGAUAGAGGAUUUAAAUUUUUACAUACAACCCUAACCGUAAACAAAGAAAAUAAAAAAAUUUAGGGUUUUCAGAAAACAUGUAAAGAUGAGAUGAAGGCAAGAGAAACACCUCUGGGAAUAGUUGUUGCCUCAACAUGAUAAACAUCCCGUCAUAGUUUCCUUUCACUACAAGAAGCAGACUUGCUGUUCCUUUCACUUUGGCUGCUGAUUUCCGAUUGAAUUCUCACACCAAACCCGGAGCUUAUCAAAACCGCAACAAUCCAAACCCUAAGUGUUCAAGCUCGAGUUCAUGGUAGGACAAAAAAAUUCUUUUGUUUCUCUCUCUCUCUCUCUCUCUACUGAUCGACGAAGGAGUAGUUGGGCCCUGAGUUUCUGAAGAUGAAGAUACAGGGUAUGUGCGAUGAAAGAAAUUGGAGGGGAGUGGUAGAAAUUGGGGAAAUUCAUAAACUAAUACUAAAUUAAAGAGUAAAAUAAUUAGUUUAUUUUUUAUAUUGAAAAAAUUAUAUCAUAAGUUAGAAAGAAGGGCAAUGUAGUCAUUUGGUAUGUCAUUUAACGGUCAACUAACGGAAAUAUUGACAGAAGGGUAUGUUUGUUAUGUUGCAAUAAUAAAAGGACACGAAAAUGAAAAAUAAUAAUAGAAGGGUAUGUUUGUUAACUUGCAAAAGUAGAGGAGCAUAAAAUGUUAUUAACCCAUUCUAAUACAUUAGUGGAAGAAAUAUAUCAAUUGUGAGAAUUUAAGACCCUAAGUACACCCUACCUCGGCCACGCAAGCAGAUGAUUCCGGUGCCGAUUGAUUUGAACAUGUAAGAGAUGGGGCUGCGUUUCAAUUUUAGGGUGUCAACUAAAACCCUAGUAAUAAAAACGCAAAACCCCUUUCUCUUCUAACCAGCCAGCGACAGUUGGGGGUGGGGGUUUAAGCUUAUCCCAAUCAUCAGACGCACUAACGUCAAUCAGCUGCCCGCUGGCUGGAGUAGGUUGAAUCCAGACGCAGUAGCUCAGAGAGAAGAAUGGUGGUUUCCGGCUUAGGAUUUGCCUGUGGACCUCGCAUGCCUCUCCGGCCACCUAUGUUCUACUGCGUUCGCAAAGCUAGAUAUGGUGCUGUUGCGGCAAUUGAGAUGCUUAAUGAACCCGAGGCCUCCGUCAAACGCAACAGUUACAGUUCGGGAGGCUCUGCUGCCUCAGGCAACGAAGUGAACGGAGGGAAAAAGACCCCAGCUUUUAAGAAGCUGAAUUCCGAGGACCUUGGAAUUAGCACUUCUAUGAUAGCAAAACCUACAAGGAGAGUUCUCAAUGCCCUCAAGAAAAAAGGGUAUGAGGUUUAUCUUGUUGGUGGGUGUGUUCGCGAUCUUAUCCUGAAGCGAACCCCAAAGGAUUUUGACAUAAUAACAUCAGCACAGCUUAAAGAGGUGGUAAGAGCCUUUUCAUGUUGCCAAAUAGUUGGCAAAAGGUUCCCCAUUUGUCAUGUACACAUUGAUGACACUAUCAUUGAGGUGUCAAGUUUUAGUACAACAGGAAGGACAGUUCAUGGCGUUUGGAACUCUAAAUUUUUGAACCCUGUUGACUGUGAGGAGAAAGAUUUUGUUCGUUGGGGAAAUUGCAUGCGGCGUGACUUCACAAUUAAUGGGUUGAUGUUUGAUCCAUAUGCAAGAAUUGUGUACGACUACUUGGGAGGUCUGGAAGAUAUUAGAAAGGCUAAAGUGCGCACUGUGAUUCCUGCUAGUGCUUCUUUUCAGGAAGACUGUGCUCGCAUUCUACGUGCAGUUAGGAUUGCUGCUCGCCUAGAAUUUAGAUUCUCUAAGGAAACAGCUCGCUAUGUUAAGAAUUUGUCUGGCUCAGUUUCAAGACUUGAUAAGACAAGGAUUAUGAUGGAAAUGAAUUACAUGCUAGCAUAUGGUUCGGCAGAAGCUUCUUUGCGCCUUUUAUGGAAAUUCGGGCUUCUUGAGAUACUCCUGCCUAUUCAGGCAUCAUACUUUGUUCAAAAUGGUUUUAGGAGACGUGAUACCAGAUCAAAUAUGCUGUUGUCAUUGUUUUCUCGCUUGGAUAAACUUGUUGCACCAGACAAACCAUGCCAUAGCAGCUUAUGGAUUGGAAUGUUGGCUUUUCAUAAAGCACUGUCUGACAACCCAAGGGAUCCCAUGGUAGUCGCCACCUUUUGCCUUGCCGUUCACAAUGGGGGAGAUACAUCAGAAGCAGUGAAGAUAGCAAAGAGGAUUACCAAGCCACAUGAUAAAAGCUAUCACGAAUUGUUAGAACCCCAGAUCCUAGAUUCACGUGCACUUGUCAAUGAGGUUAUGAAUCUUGCAGCAUCUGUUAAGCAGGAGUUAUCUCGAAUGACUGAUGAGUACUAUGUCUCCAAGGCCAUGGCUAAGUACCCUAAAGCUCCUUAUUCAGAUAUGGUGUUCAUCCCACUGGCCUUGUAUUUGAGAGUGCGGAGGAUCUUUGAGUGCGUAGGAGAAGGGAAGGAAAGGGGAUUCGUGGCCAAGCAAGGUAGAAAGAUAAAUCAUGAGUUGCUGAGCAUAGGGAGCUUGCAUGAAGUUCGGCAUACAUUCGCAAGAGUGGUCUUUGAUACUGUCUAUCCACUCAACCAAAAAUAUUAACUCAGUCAAUAGCCAUUCACAAGAGCGAUCUUCGAUUUAUUAAUUGUUAUAAUCCUGCUUCUGUUUAUUUAUUUUUGAAGAAUUUGUGUCGUGUACAUAUGUUCGAAGUUCGAACAGCCAACAGGUAAAACUUUCGCGUGUUAGAAUGUGCCUUCCUGUUUUUGUCUUCUACUGCUUGUACUAUUCGUUCAUACUUGGAAGUGGAAGUUGGGGGAGGGGGAGAUUCAACAGACAACAAUAAUAGAAAGCAGCAAUAAAUAAUCAGGGUAUCAAAAUUUAAUGAAUACCAGACCAACGUCGAUGAUAUCAUGACUUCUUAAACGGCUAGGGUUAAAUAAACCUAUCCCUUGAUU